GAACGAUGGCCAGGGAUACAGAGCUCUCGGCAAACGAACGCUCAUUUAUUCUUGAGGCCUUGCAUAACAAUGUGCGCCUUGACGGUCGAGCCUUGGAUCAAUUUCGUCCCCUCAACCUUACCUUUGGCGACGAGUAUGGGCACGUGAAGGUCCAGCUCGGGAGGACGACUGUAAUUGUUCGCAUAUCCGCCGAAGUGACAGCACCCCGCCCCGAGCGAGACAGCGAUGGCAUUUUUACUGUGUCUAUUGAACUGAAUGAUAUGGCUCUCCCGGGAUUCGAGACAGGGCGACAAUCGGACUUGGAGACGCAACUCUCCCGUACGCUAGACAAAAUUGUGCGUCGAUCGAAUGCUCUGGACACAGAAUCAUUGUGCAUAGCGAAGGGUCUAAGCUGCUGGAACGUCCGAGCGGAUGUUCACAUCGUUGACGCCGAUGGCGGCUUGGUCGACAUUUGCUGCCUUGCCAUCAUGGCUGGUCUUCUCCAUUUCCGCAUCCCUGAGUCGACCGUUAGUGAUGGGAAGGUAACUGUUUAUUCUCCCGAAGAGAAAGUGCCGGUGCCUCUUAAUCUCACGAAGGUGCCAUUAUCCAUAACCUUCAACCUGUAUGAUGAAGGCAAAAUCACGCUCAUGGAUGCAACUUCAAGCGAGGAGGCUGUUAGCGAGGGUGCUGUCAUUAUCGCCUUGGACAAAACGGGCGAAAUAGCCCUCUACACGAAAGCUGAAGGAACACCUGCAGACCCCCUAAACAUGGUUGCUUGCUCCACGGCCGCUUUGGCGAAGGUCAGAGAUCUGAACGCCCUUGUUCAAAAGAGGUUAGGGGAGGAUUCGAAGAAGCGGGAUCAAAAAGGACUGCGUGCUGAGUCGAGCGCAGCGAAUGAGAGAUGACCGGCUUGCCGGAUCAUCCAACUAAGAUCGGGAUACCAUAUUCACAGAGCGCGUAAAGCUUGGGCGACUUGCAAUGCAGAAUCGCCCCCCGCAGGGAGCAUCGAUAGAAGCUUUGAUGCAGCUGAAAAUAGGAGCAGGGGCUGGAUAAAGGGUUGCUCUCCGAAGGGGAAGGCUUGCCGAGUCGACAGUUUGCUUCUACUAUGCCCCAUAGGCCACAGAGGGUCGCCAAGGCCGGAAUGCCAUCCACUUCCGCACUUAAAUGUUUGCGGGAGGACGGGCUCAGCCUGAGAGAGAUGAAGAUGAGAGCGACAGGGUGGCUGAGCAGCGGUGGAUUUGCAGUCUUACGUGUAACUCAUCUCUAGGGGGGGGGAAAAAAAGAAGAAAAAGAAAACCAAAAAAGGUCCAACAAAAAAAAAAAAA